GCGCCCCUCUUGAAUCUGGCUGUGUCCGACUGCAGCUUUCACGUCCAUUCCUCUCCAUGCAGCUCACCCGUUUCAAACAAAGGCGGAUCGUUCUGGGAAGGAGCCAUGCCUGGAAGGUCUCUACAUUUGCUCUUACACGCCGACACUUUUGGCUCUGAUCAGAUCUAGACAGUUGAUAAAGAAGCGCGUGCCUCCGUCCUUUGUGGCGAUCGGACAGGGUCAACCGAGUGCAGGGAAAGACAAGGCGUUCUUGGCUGUCGACAGCGAGCUCGAGCUUGCCCAUAAGCUCGUUCCUGCAACGGCCAACCGCACCACUAUCUCUGGUGACAAAGCCACACAAGCAUGUGCACUCGAAGCCUUGCAGCAGAAUCCCUGAAUACACCUUGCUUGUCAUGGCAAGCAGGACCCUGCGCAGCCUUAUAAUUCGUCAUGAGAGACGAACAUCUGACGCUC